CGGAUGGGUAUGUAACAGAGAUUGAAAAUGAUGUCGUCAUUAUUUCCGUUUGCCUUUUCCCUUUCCAUUCAACAAGGACCCAGCACCGGCAGCUGCGGCAGCACUGGGUUUUAUGGGAAUCAGAUCCCUCAGUAUUUUAUUUUACCCGGUUGAUUGAGUCAUUCAUUUCACCCCAUCUUUUUUUAUUGUAAUCAUCGCAGGCGCAAAGACUUCGAAUUCUAUGCUUCCAAAGUAAUUCAUAAUGUUCUAAGUUUUGUAAGUUCCUUUUCUUCCUCCCCUUCCCCCCCUUUCCGCCCAAUCAACAACUCAAAAAUCUCAGGCAGAAAGCGUGAUUCAAAGUUGCCUUUGUUUUCCCUCUCCUUUUUCGUUUGUGGGUUUUUUUUUUUUCUUUCUUUAAAUUUUUUGGAUGUAUUUCAUAUUAAGAAAAGUUGAUUUGUGUGUUUCCUUUGUUGACCGAGUUGGUCUUAGUCACAGAUAUUUUCACUUCCAUCCAUGGCUGCUGAUAUAUCUCCAAAUUCUUCUUGAUGCUGCGGAAGAUAUUGUUGAAAUAGGAAAAACUAGUUGGAGAGAUCAAUUGUUGCUCUGAUUUGAUUUUGAUUGAAGAGGGAUGGGUUCAUUCAUGGGGCAUGUUCUGCCAGGAACGCUGUUUCUAGCAGUGGGUUUGUGGCACAUAUGGAGCGCAGUGGUGAGAUUUGUGAUGAACCCAAAGGGGUUUCAGGUUCGGGUUUGGAACCCUGUGUCUGGUUUUGAUGGAAGGCUUAGAUACUUGGAGCUUUAUGUGGUGGCAAUCGGAGCUUUUAUUGAUAUGUGCAUAGAGCUUUUGUAUUCAACUCAUCUCCAGUUCUUUGUGAAUGGGGUCUUGAACCCAUCUCACAUGAAUGACUUUGAGCACUCUGGGAUGCUUCUCAUGUUCUUUAUUUUCGGGGUCGUCGCCUUGCUCUCUCAGCAAACCGGCUUAGUUCCCUUGCCAGAAGGAGCUCUCUGCUUGAUUGCUGCCACAGCGUUCUCUGCAGAGUAUUUCCUAUUCUAUUUCCAUUCAACAACCCAUAAAGGACUUGAGGGGUACUACCACCUUCUCCUUGUGAUCCUGAUCGGUCUAUGCAUUUUAUCCACUAUUUUUGGGGCCCUCAUGCCAACCAGCUUUCCAGUUGAUCUGUGUUGUGGCAUUGCUAUAGCCCUCCAAGGCCUCUGGUUUUAUCAGACUGCCUUCACUCUCUAUGGGCCUAUGAUGCCAGAAGGUUGCCGGCUUAAAGAAAAUAUGAUAUCAUGUCAUUCACCAGAAUAUCAAGUUCGGGGUGAGUUGCUGGCUAACUUCCAGCUAUUUAUCAUAGCAUUUGGUGUCCUUGUUGCAGUUGUAGGAUCAUAUGGGUUCGCUGCUUCAAGAUUUGGGCAUCCUGAUCUUAGGAGCUUGUGUGCAGCAGAGGAUGAACUAGAUCGAGAUUAAAGUGCGGAAAAAUAAGGAAAGAGAUCACUUCCCUUCAAGAUCAUGUAUGCGAGAGGGUUUGGAUGAGAUGAGUAAGGUUUAGGUUGAAUUCCAUUUGAAUUAAUACUAUAAACCCUUUUGCAAAUGGUUAAAAUUAAUCUCCACUAUAAUAAAUGGAGUUAGAUAGGUUUUUUUUGGAGAUUGAAGAAGUGUACUAGUGUUAAAGAAGAUGUUUCCUCCUGCUAGUGAUGAUGACUCGAGCAUUUUUCUGUUUCUACAGGUUUCUGAUACAUGUUGAGCAAGUGAUUCACAUUGAAGUUAACACAGAGGAUUUUUCUUUUCUUUUUCUUUUUGUCUAAGUAUUCAUUGCUGGGGAAGCAAGUAAUGUAGACCACAUUCUUAUGGACAUUACUUAUAUAAAUGCAAAUGUUAUGCAGGGAAUGGCUUUUCGACAUUAUUUACUUAUCCUUAGUUUGUAGAUCCUAGUUCUCUUUGCUUUUUCAGGCAAUUAUUACUUUUGAGAUGUAUUCGACCUUAAGGCCUGGUCUACUAUUACUCCAUUGAAGCUUUCGUUUUUAUUCUGAUUAGAAUUUAGUUUUGUUUUAUCAACAUGUUUCUCUUUCUCUUUACAUUAGUUUACCCUUAUUCCUCCA